GAACUCAGUCAUACUGAAGCUUAGAGAGGAGCGAUGUCUAUAUCCUAGAUGGGAUGUUUUUCUUUAUACAGCAUAAGGGAUUGAACCUAGGGCCUUGUGUUUAUGCACUUUACCACUGACUUAUGGUUCUAGCUUUCUGCUUACUAUUUUGAGAGAGUAGCUUCCUAAGUUGCCCAUGCUGGCCUUUUAACUCACUCUGUAGCAAAGGCAGGCCUUGAAUUUGUGGGUUCCCCUGUGACUGUCUUCCUAGUAGAUAGAUUUUUCUGGUCUGUGGAGGCAGGCAGGCCCAGCUUAAACUUAGUAAUUAUAAAUGUUGCAUUAUAUAUUUGCUUCAUCAUGAUAUAUUUAAAAAAAAUCUCUUAGAUAAGGACUUUUUCCCUUCAAACAUAACCACAUCAUUACUGUACUCAUAAGUAAUAAUACUUUUUUUAUUUUUGGUUUGUUAGGUGAUGAUCCAAACAAAGUCCACACAUUGCAUUGGGUUUAUUGCAAAAACCAAAUACUCAUCUGCCCUCUGUGUGUGUGUGUGGUGUGUGUGGUGUGUGUGUGUGUGUGUGUGUGUGUGUGUGUGCGUGAGAGAGAGAGAGAGAGAGAGAGAGAGAGAGAGAGAGGUAAUUUUGUUACAUAUAGAAUCUUCAGUGAUCAAAUUAGGGUAAUCUAACAUACCUGCUUUUUUUGUGUGUUGGAACCAUUCAAAAUCUCCACUUCCGGCUAUUAAAUUAUUCAGUAAAUUACUGUGGCCACUGUACUGUGGUGUAGGAUACUACUUUUGGUUUUCAUCCUAUUUAUUGAUUUGUCCUAUAGGAUUGCCUGUGUUCUAGAAUUGACAGAUUAUAUCCUUGUGUUUGUGUUUUUUUGUUUUGUUUUGUUUUUUUUGUUUGUUUUUUUUUUGUUUUUUUUGGUUCUUUUUUUGGAGCUGGGGACCGAACCCAGGGCCUUGUGCUUCCUAGGCAAGCGCUCUACCACUGAGCUAAAUUCCCAACCCCAUGUUUGUGUUUCUUAAUGAGUGGAUAGAUUCAAGUUUAAAUGUCUUUGCUGACAGAUAUUUAUCGAUGGUGCUUUGGACUCCUUCCCUCCCCCCGCUUUGUGUGUCUCACAUUAGUUAUGUAAGUCUGUCCCGCCUUCACAUACGAUGUAGGCUCUUGGUAGUAUUGCUCUGGUCCAUUAUAAAGGUUUCCCCAAGACAUUUUCACUUUAAUAAUUUUUGUAAUUUGUUUAUAUAAACACACAUGGUGGUGUGCUUAUUUAUGACAUAUAUUGUAGUUCAGGUUGGCUUGGAACUUGAUUUGUACUCUGGCUAGCUUCAAACUUAGAAAUACCUGCUACUCCCAGCCUUCUGAAUGUUGAAAUCUCAGGCAUGAGUCUCCACACUUGGCUCAAUAAACUGUUAUCUGUAAGCCAAUUUGACCCUUCCCAGACCUUUUUUUUUUUUUUGGAGCUGGGGACCGAACCCAGGGCCUUGCACUUGCUAGGCAAGCGCUCUACCACUGAGCUAAAUCCCCAACCUCCCCCCCCCUUUUUUUUUAAAGAUUUAUUCACUUAUUAUUAUAUAAGUACACUGUAGCUGUCUUCAGACACACCAGAAGAGGGCAUCAGAUCUCAUUACAGAUGGUUGUGAGCCACCAUGUGGUUGCUGGGAAUUGAACUCAGGACCUCUGGAAGAGUAGUCGGGUGCUCUUAACCACUGAGCCAUCUCUCCAGCCCCUUCCCAGACCUUUUAAAUACUUCCCCAAAUUUCUUAGUUAUGGGGAGGAAGCUAGCUGUUUGGAGUCUGGUUUCCAAAGAGGUAAGGUAGAGAUGGUACUGAAAUGUGUGUGACACUCUUUCUCGCUCUAAUGAAGCUGUCCUCUUCUGUUCAUCUCCGUUAGAUUUGAGGAACACUGACCAAAUGAUACUGCCUUGCUAGGUCUUGGUCAUGCUCAUGGAAGUAGACAUAUUGCAAAGACCCUUCCUGAAUCUCUUUUCAUGUCACUGAAGGACAUUGAGACUGGGAGCUUUGUAAAUGAGAGGCAGCUUUAUUGAAUGAAAUCCAGUCAUUUGUGAGUUAAAAUUUUCUUUGGAAAGUCACUGAUGGCUGAAAUACAUGAAGGACUGCAUAAUUUUAUUUUGUACAUUGCUUAAUUUGUUUUCUAAUUGAUCCUCUGAAUAUUUCAAGUGAGCAUAGCUAGUUCUUACAUUUUCCUUCCUUAUUUUCUUUCUUGUACUUUUUCUGCAAAUAUCUUUUUCUGUAGUGUAUUAUAAAGAACAUUUCUUUAACAGUUCAGUUCACCUUUGCAGCCAUCAUCUGAAGAGGUUCUAGAGGUAAAGAAGCAGAGGAUUUUAUUCAGUUCAGUCAGUGGUUUGGCCAUCUUGGUCACGGGCCAUGAUUGUGCUAGCCAUUCUGCCAUACUCCUUAUGUCCUUAACCUCUCUUAACUCUCAAUACAAGCUGGUCACCCUCCCGAGUUUUUGGACACAUAUUUUCCCUCUGAGCAUUAAGUUCUUGCAACAUUUUAAUUUUUAUUUAACUUGUCAUUUUCAAGAAAUUUUGUCCUUAAAAGCCACAGGAUCCUGACUCAAUGGUGAACACCAUUACUUGGGAGGCAGAGAUGGGGCUGUAAAGUUUCAGGUUAGUGUAGGCUGCUUAGCUCCUCAGUUUCAGGGAAAAGGAAGAAGUAUUAAGUGUUUUGGGAUGUUCUUUACUGAGAUCCCUCACUGACCAUAUGUAAUGUAAUUCAGUGCCUUAGGAAAUGGCUGCAAAACACUUUUAGAGAAUUUUUAAAAAGUGUAUUGUUCUAUAGAGUUUCACAGGGAAUUUUGCAAGGAGUUUGGAUUGUCUGCUCUGGCUUGCUCUCUUAGUGUUUACAGUUGGAUCUCUUUGUUGACCUAAAAAUAAAUUGGAUUGCAUGUGCUUUUUUUUUUUUUUUUUUUUGGUUCUUUUUUUCGGAGCUGGGGAUCGAACCCAGGGCCUUGCGCUUCCUAGGUAAGCGCUCUACCACUGAGCUAAAUCCCCAGCCCCUGCAUGUGCUUUUUUUAUUUGAAAGAAAUGAAAAAAGUGCUAUACUUACAAUUUUUGGACCUUUUUAAGUGGGUUUAGAUCUUUACCUGUUUUGGUUGUUGAGGAAGAUGGUCAUUAAUUAAAAUGAAGGUGGUUCUUUCUAACUUCCCAGGUAUAUUAAUAAAAUGAAAUAGAUAUAACAAGCUUUGUAGUUUUAAAUUUCCUUUUAUAUUGUAGCUUUUUAGAUGAUUUCCUUUUUGUUUUUAAGUAGUUAAGCCUAAAUAAGGCUUUUUAGUAAUAACGACAGAUUGCUUUUAACCCCCCCCCCCCCAAAACAAAACAAAACAAAAAACCUCCUACUUCUACCUACAUUGUGUUAGUUUGGUCUUGUUUCUUAUUUUGAAGAUGACUUUGGCCAGAAGAUGCUAUUUCUGAAUUUAUACUCACUUAGCUAUAAAAGUGCUUCUAGAAAUGGAAUAACAAUUUUGAAAAACAUUUGUUUUGUGAAAAACAACUGAAUUGUCAGAAUAGUUAGAGUCUGGAUCUGGGUUCUUGGUGGUCCAUUGAUGCUGUUGUUUUCAUGAAUGGCUUCUUUCUGUCUCUGCUAGUGGCUGGUGAACCCAGUCCUUAGCAGGCACACUUGAAUGUCUGUCAGUUCCAUGAAGCUUAUAGUAAUUGUGUAGGUCAGGUUAGUGUCUCAGUAGCUUGUUUUUUUCUGUGGUCAUGUUUUUAGGUUUUGUUUCACUUGAAACUUUUCUAAGUUCUUGGGAUACAUUUCCCUCUUCAGCUAUUGCAACAUAGGGAUGUCUGUCUGGCCAUGGUGACAGCUCAGUGGGUUAAAGGACUUACACAGUCUUGAGGACCUGAGUUUUGAUUCACAGAACCCACUGUGGAAGGAGAGGACUGACUUCUGUCCCAUAGUUCACAGUGCAACUGUGACUGAUGUGUAUGCUUGUCACAACACACAAUAGUAAGACAAGAACAUCUAAAAACAAAGAGUUUCUCUCUACUCUGCCUCCCUUUCUGCUUCUGUUGAUUGUUUGGAGAGAAACACUCAGUACUUUUAGGAAAAUGUAGUUGCUGAGAAGAAUAGGACUUAGUAACAUUCUGUAUUCAGACCACGGAAUCACCGUGGCAUUUAAGAAUGCAGAUUUGUUUGAAGAUGAAAGUUUGUUUUCUGAAACAAGUCUGGCAAAUUCCUAGUUUUCAGGUUUUGUAAUACAACACUUAAAAAUACAAACUUUAAUAGACAGGUAAUGUUUGUUGCUGUUUAUAAAGUAGGCAGUUUGCUGAAAUAGAAAGAGAUGAACACCACAUUUUUGAAUAAAAGUCUGAACACCUGCCCUGGACAGCAAACUCAGCCUCUUGUGCUUCCUCCAGGUUGCUCUGGUGCUGUCUUUUAACCUGGCUUUGUUGGGUUUGUGAGUUUUAGAAGUUUUUUUUUUUCCCCCAUUUGGGAAGAGACUCUUUUCCAGGUAGAAGUCCAUCUCUAGAGAACAAGCCUGCUUCAGGGCUGUGUGCUGAGGUCUUUGUGGAAAGAAUGGUUAUUACCAGGGAAGGUUUUCCUUUUGUUUUACUUGCUAUCCAGAUGCUGCUCAGACUCUCGCUCUCGCACAGGAUCACACUAUGGAUAUUCCAAGUCAAGACCGACUGAAGGUAAAAUCACCACACGGUGACUUCUUUUCUUGUACAGAGUGGCCCCUUCUCUGUACCUGUGGAUCUUGGGCUCCCAAGGCCUUUUCGUGAAUGUGGUAAGGAUUUAAUAAGAAAAGCCCUUGGGGGUUCACAGACCAGGGACAGAGUGAACCUUCUCUGUUCUGCCCUUAACAGAGUUCCAGUCUCUGAAUGUGUCUUUGGGAUGUAGCACUUCUGAUUUUCACUCCUUCCAGUUGCUCUCUCUCUUUCUCUCUUUCUAUUUCUUUGCGUGUGUGUGUGUGUGUGUGUGUGUGUGUGUGUGUGUGUGUGUGUGUUUAAGAUGGUAUAUAUUUGAGUGUUUGAGGCAUUGCUGUAUUAGACUGUAGCAGGCUGGUUGCAGUUAAGUUUAAGUUUAUGUCAUGGCAUUAUGUCAUGAGUUGCCUCAAAUGUAGGGAAACUUUUAAGAUCAUCUUGAAAUAUGAUGAGGGUGUCACUUGCUUUCUGAAUAUACCUAAUAGAAGUAGGCUGUGCAGACAACCUGUUUUUCAAGAGUGUAUUUUGUCCUUUGUACACAAGUUAUUCCCCUUCCCCAAGUUUGGGGUCCUGCUAGUUCUGCUGGUGGUGUUGAGAGGUGUGUGUUGCCUUUCUUGAGGAUUCUUGUCAGCUUUAGAGCUCUCUUUUCUUGUGCAUAACCCAUUGUGUUGCACACUAACUGGUGAGCCAGAAUGGAACUGCUACAUCCCCUGGUCUUAGUCAUUUCAGCUGUACUAACUGACACCCUUCCCUUUCAGCACGGUGCAACAGAGUGCUCCAACCCCAGAAAAAGAACUGAAGAAGAUGAUACUCACACACUGCCUACCUCACGACGUAAAUGCAGAGAUUCCAGAGCAGGAUAUAGGUACUGCCAUUGUUUCAGACACUACGGACGAUUUGUGGUUUUUAAAUGAGACCGUGUCAGAGCAAUUAGGUGUUGGAGUAAAAGUUGAAGCUGCUAACUGUGAGCAACCAAGUGAAGUAGGGAGAACAAGAGACAAGAAGAUGGUUGAAGGGGGAAAAGAUGAUGACCUUGAGGACUCCAAGUCCUUAAGUGAUGAUACUGAUGUGGAAGUCACUUCUGAGGAUGAGUGGCAGUGUAGGGAAUGCAAGAAGUUUAAUUCUCCAAGCAAGAGGUACUGUUUUCGUUGCUGGGCCUUGAGGAAGGAUUGGUAUUCGGAUUGCUCUAAAUUAACUCAUUCUCUCUCUACAUCUAAUAUCACUGCCAUACCUGAAAAGAAGGACAAUGAAGGAAUCGAUGUCCCCGAUUGUCGGAGAACCAUUUCCGCUCCUGUGGUUAGGCCUAAAGAUGGAUAUUUAAAGGAGGAAAAGCCCAGGUUUGACCCUUGCAACUCAGUGGAAUUUUUGGAUUUGGCCCAUGGUUCUGAAAGCCAAGAGAUCAUCUCAAGCACAAGAGAACAAACAGAUAUUUUCUCUGAGCAGAAGACAGAAACAGAAAGUAUGGAAGAUUUCCAGAAUGUCUUGAAGCCCUGUAGCUUAUGUGAAAAAAGGCCUCGGGAUGGGAACAUUAUUCAUGGGAAGACGAGCCAUCUGACUACAUGUUUCCACUGUGCCAGGAGACUGAAGAAGUCUGGGGCUUCAUGUCCUGCUUGUAAGAAAGAGAUUCAGUUGGUUAUUAAGGUUUUUAUAGCAUAGUUGAGUCAGUUGCAGAGAAAUACUAGGAGUACCAGGUCAUUUAUCAAAAGUCAGUAUUCUUAGAGGAAGGGGCAGAAGAUUACCAAUUUUGAUGCCAGUCUGGGCCAUAUAAUGAGACCUCGGUCUUAAAAGGAUCAGUAUUGAGCAUCUUUUAUAAAUGUGACCCAUCAUAUAUAUUUAUUUAUAUAAGCAUAUAUGGAAUUUUAGAUCAGUUUUGAGGGUUUCAUUGAUGAGAAGAUACAUAAAUAACUUUGUUUUCCUUCCGAAUUGUAAACCCGAGAGGCAAUAAUACCAAUACAAACAUAACAAUGCAUUCUUUUAUUCACUUCCAAAAUUAUUGCAAGAAUAAUAUAAUACAUUAGUCGAUUUAUUCUUUACCCUGCUGUUAUGUAAUGUUCUUGAGGCAUCAAAGUCUAAGGUAGUUAUUAAAAAACAUACUAGGGCUAACACUGAAGAGAGCAGAUCUGAUGAGCAGUCGCUCAUUGUGCAGCCAAGGAUGACAUUAAACUCUUCAUCCCCUCAUCCCCUUAUCUCUGCCAUCUACACACCUCUGCUUACUGUGCCCAUGUGAAAUCUUAGUUUUAGAACAAAUACCACAGGUGUACAUCUCACAGCCUUAUUAGUUAUCAGUCCUAAAAGAGAAAAGGUGCAGACUUUGUAGCCAGCACUUUGCAUUUGUCAGAAGCUGGCUAGGUGUUCUGUAUCUUGUGCUCUGGAGUUGUUCCCAUUCUAAGGCAGUGGCCUAUGAUGGGACUUGAGCAAGUGUGGGAGCAGUGUAGCAGCUGUGAAAGGGACGGAAACAAAUUGAUCACUUCAGUUCUGCUUAGUCAUUUUAGACCACAUCAAUUUAGUAGAAUACCGACAAAUGACCUGAAGGUCUUUGAACUGAACCCCUUGUAUCUGUUCUGUGUCCACUGAACCCAUAGAGGCCAUCUUGAUGUUUCCCCAGGGAUAUGAAUAUGUCAUUUUAAAGACAAGUUCCUAGAACUAUUGAACUUGAGGGUAAUCUAGCCAUCUUGGCCUUCCUUUGGCUCCUGCUGUUAGGAAGGGUGAUAUCUAGUCCCGUUAUGUCAUUAUGUCUCUGCUGGAUCGGGACCACUGGGGCUCUUGUAAUCAGUACUGAGGGGAGCUCUGUUAGCUUAUGUUCUUACAUUGCCCCCAUGUUUCCUGUCCGUCCCGUGCUUUACCAGUAGACCCCAAUUCCCAGGAGAUAAGUUAUCAUAGUUACUCUCUAUUGCCGUGACAAAGCACCAGUGCAAAAUAGAAAAGGAAGUAUUAAUUGGGUUUGCUUUUGAGACAGUUAAGAAUCCAUGAUGGCAGGAACAACUGAGAGCUCACAUCUUGAUCUGCAAGUCGGAGGCAGAGAAAGAACCCUGGGAAACCCCAGGGCCUGCCCCCCAGUGUCGUACUUGGUCUACAGUUUCUACCAACUGGGGGCCAAGUAUUCAAACUUAUGAGCCUAUGGUUUAUAUUUUCAUGUAAAGUGCCACAUUCCACUCCCUAGUCACCAUAGGCUCUUGGCCAUAUUACAAUGCAAAAUGCAUUUUAGCCCAACCUCAAAAUUCCUCAGAGUCUUUUUUUACUCUUGACAUAAUUUAAAGUCACAGUCUCUUCUGAACUCAAAGGAGUCUCAUAAUUGUAACCCCCUGAAAAAGCAAAAAAGCAAAUUAUACAUUUCUAACACACAAUGGCACAGAAUAUACAUUACUAUUCCAAAAAGUUAUAUUUCAGCAAUAGUGAGAAAAUUCUGAACCAACGCUCGACUGAAACCCAGCAGGGCAAUUUACAAGUCCCGUAACUCCAUGUCUAUAUCAAAGGGUUUAUAGUUACCCUUUUGGAUUUGUUGACUGCAACAUACUUUGCCUGAUUCCAUUUCUUGUGUGCAGCCCUCCCUGACAGAUAGCACACGGUUCUGACGCCUCUGGCAUUCAUAGGUCCCAGUGCAACUCAGGCUUUACUUUCACAGCUUCAUGCAGUGGCCUCUUGGGGCUUCUUGCCCUCUCAGGGCCUUCAUGCAGAAACUGCCUCACAACCCAUUCUGUGAUAUUAGUGACUCCUUAACUAUGGAGAAAGAUUCCACAGCCAUGUAUCCUCCCAUGUAUCCUUCAUGACUCUAAGCCAGAUGACAUUGCUGAGUUCUGCAUGCCUCACAUGGAGCCUGACCUUGAGUCACUCCCAGUGGUGUUCAUGUGUUGUUGCCUUUAGAAGCAGAGAAUUCCUUAGGCCUUUUCCUUUCAUAAGUUGGAAUCCUAACUGGGCGGAGCUUUAUCCUGUUCAUCCCUCUUUAUCUGGCUUCUCCUUAAUCUCUAUCUCUUUGAGCACAUUAACUUCCCUGUGGGCUUUUCUUGGAGAUUUUUUAUUGUAGUCCUGUAUAAAAAUGCUGCAGAGCCAGAAUUAAGCUUUCCUGCAAUUUCCUCUAUCAAAGAAAUUAGUCUCAUUACUUUUCACUUCGGGCUUAGGCAGAUUCUUGGGACAAGGGUAGAAGGCAGCUACAUUCUUUGCCAAAAGAAAACAAGAGUAAGUCUUUAGCCAGUUACUAAUGUUUUACCCCUAAGCCUCUUGCUCUAGCCCUCCACAGAUCAUACUCUCAGCAAGGCUGUCUCCUAGGCUUCUACUGGACCCAUUAAGCUCUGCUUACAGCCUUGAACCCUUUAUUUUCUUAGUUCAAAGUCCCAGAGUUUUCUACAUUCCUCCAAAAAAAAAAAAAAAAACCAUAUGGUUAGGUCUUUCACAGCUAAGAUCCGCUUCCUGGUACCAGCUUCUGUGUCUUGGCUACUCUUCAAUUGCUAUGACAAAGCACCUGACUAAGGCAGAGAAUAUAGGAAAGCAUUUAUAGGGUUUAUAGUUUAAGAGGGUUUUAGUUCAUGAUAGAAGAACAGUUGAGAACUUUUAUCUUGAUCUGCAAGUAGGAUGCAAAAAGAAAACUCCGGGAAGGGCAUGUUCUUCUGAAACUUCAAAGCCUUCACCUUGUGACACACCUCCCCAACAAAGCCUUAUCUCCUAGUCCUUUCCAAAUAGUUCCUCCAACUGGGGACCAAAUAUUCCAACAUGAGCGCUGGGGAGCAUUCUCCUUCAAACCACUAGUUUCCCAAGGAGCUCUUUCCUAACCACAUCUUGUGCUUCCCCCAGUUGAUGAUUUCACUAGUUAACUUAGGUAGUUUUGCCUUUCUCAGUGGUCACAUCUUCUGCUCAUAUUGAAGAUCCUGCAGCUCCAGUUGGGCUUGAUGUGCAUUUUCUUUGAGGAACUGAUAACAGACAUGUUUAUCUGCAUCUCCAUGAUAGUGAGAAAAAGUAGCUUCGAGGUAAUCAUAGCUGUUAUCAGUCUCAGUCCCUAGUUGAGAAUAGGCUGUGAUCUACCUAGCCCUGGACUCUAGUUAUUUCCUAGACAUGGACCUCCUGGGUGGAAUUGGGUCAUUAGGAUGUUUAAUUCCAAGCAUAACUUUCAAGAUAGGAUGCGUUAUAUAGUACAUCAGUUUCAUCUAAGGCUUUUCUUAAUCUUUAGGGGUAGAAUUUAGCUGUUUUGCCAUGACUGGCCUGGGCCUUACCCUAUAUCUCAGGCUGGUCUUCUUUUCAGUGACCUUCCCGCUUUUGCCUCUCCAUUGCUGGAAUUCUAGGCAUGUGAUGACUAAAUUUCUUAUUUUAAGUCAUUUAAGUUAGGUUUUGUUAUGCUAUUUUGGACAAAAAGUGCAGAGCAGAGAUGAUAGAUUAUUAGAACAGUCUCCAGGGCCUCACUGUUACUGCGUUCCUCACAGGGGCCUUCAUGAUUGAUGAUGUGCUUCAGUUUACUGCUGUGUCAGGUGAGAGGGUCAGAGCAAGGCUCCACACAGGUUACUGCCUCCCUGGCCUACUUAGGACACAGUAGAUUCAUGAUCGAGGGCUGGAACUGGUAGAUUAGAGCAGCCAGACUGGCCCUUCCCUGCCACAGGAUUGUAUAAUAGAACAUGGCACCACCAGGCAUUUGUGACCGUGGAUGUGUUCAUUAUUUAUGUAUAUUUAGAUGUGUGUGAUACUUGGCAUGGUUUGAAAGAAUUUAUUCUGAAAGCCAGGAUCAUUUUAAUCUUUGUGUGUCAAUUCAGUGUAAUGUUGGGGCCUUUGAAAAGUUGAUUAAGAAAUUAGGGAACAUUCCCAGUUCCUUCAUGUUACCUGUUUAGUUCUCUCUGGAAAGGAAGACACUUGGACCAGCUGUUCGGCUGUUUUGUUUUGUUCUGUUUCCAUGAUAUUCUAUGAAUCUCCAUGGCUUUAGAUACUGUGACUUAUUUUCCCUUUAGCCCAAAUUGUUGAUUCAGUCUUAAGAAUACUAUUUUUUGAUGCCCCUUGUGUGUGCACACUGUCUAGAUUGAUGCUACCUUUGCUAAAAAUGUCGUAAGAUAAAGAACUAGCUGUUUAGAACCUGCACUUCAAAGAUAAACCGGGAAGCUGCCCUCUGUGCCAAAAGUAAAGUGUACAAUGUUUACAGAUGGGUGACGUUUGCACUGCCAUAGGGAAUGGUGAGACUAUGUUACCAGACCCUUAGAUUUAUGAGUAGGUGGUUGCAGUUAAGCCUAUGAGAGGAUCUGUUGAGCCUUUUAAGGCUAAGCUGGUAAGAGUUCCGAGACAGGUGGUUGGUUAGAGUGAUUUCCUAGACCUCACUUGGGUCUUUCUGUUGACAGUUCUUCAUGGCUUCAAGCAGAUACCAUAUGCUUUCUUUAGAGGAGCUGCCAGCCCUCCCUCCUGUGAGAGAUUGUCGCGUAGACAUUUUGAAAUCUUUCGAUGUAAUGUGCAAUCCCAAGUAAUGCCAUUAUUGGUGAAUGUAGCAUUGUUAAACUCUUGCUGUAGGUUAUUUCUGAUCUUCCCUUGAUAGCCUUCUUUUUUUUGUUUUUUUGUGUUUGUUUUGUUUUCAGAGACUAAAGUCUCACUAUUUGGUUGACCUAGAACUUGCUUUAUGACUAGGCUGUCCCCAAACUCACAGAGAUCUGCCUUUCUGCCACCAUGCCCAUCCUCAGUAGUUUUCUGAAUGACCGAUGUCACAGAAAGUGAUCUCACAUCUGUGGUGUUGCUUUCCCAGUUUAUGUCAUUGCAUAGGCACAGCACAGUAGAAUCCCGUUUCUUAGACUGGAGGAGUCCGAGAUAAGCUAAAAAGGCUAGUAGUUCCUUCAGUGGUUUUAGAGCUUGGCAGAUGCUUUACUGAAGAUCAGCAUUGUGUUGUGACUCUUGAGGGCCAAUAUGAGCAUUUAAUUUGUUACCCAAAGGUGCUUUGUAUUUUUAAACAGCAAGUACUUUGAUGUGUGUAGACAUUUCCCUUCGUUUUCCCUCCCUCCCUCCCCAUUGCGUUUGAACAUUGUUUAUGCCAGAGGCCAUCUGUCACUCUGGGUGUUUAGAAGUGCAGUAUACUUAAGUAGGGUCCUUCUUCAGCCUGUCCUGAGCAGUGUUGUGGUUACAGAGUGGGACCAUGAGCUCUCUCAGAGAGGAGGGAAGCUGUGAGGGCAAGCUGGCUUCCUUUGUGGGGGUGUUGGGGUUUGUUUGAGCACUAAGGAAUUUGAGGUCAGUCUUCCCCCUCUUCCUGCCCAUAGUUUUCACUUUCCUUUCAGUAAGAACCACCCCUUAAAAGAAAACAGGAGGAGAUGCAGUGCUUUUGGCCUUAGCCAGCAGCUUGGGGCCUACUCUGGAAGUUGUAAGCUACAGUUUUUCUUACCUGUAAAGCCAGCACACACACCUACCUACCCUUCUACCUCAGUUUAUUGUGGAGACUAUGGAGGAGCAACUCUUAACAACUCUGACUGCCUUGAAGGUGGAGGAAGCUUGUAGUCUUGGUCAACUGUGCUCUGAGGUUUAUAUUGAGAAUUCUUUAUGUUCUGGAAGUGUUUACUUCUCCUUGAUGCCUGCUUAGUAGAACCUGCAUUGUUUGCUGUAAGUCUCUGCUCACCUGCUCGUCCUUUCCUUGGCACCAGGCUCUUGAUUAGGAAGAGUCAUCUCCAGAUGCUUUGAGAAGCACAUGUAAGUUUCCGUAGCACACUCUGCUGAUGGAGCGCUUGCUCUUCUGUGGGCUUGCUGUGUAGGAACUGGUUCUGCAUACACUUGAGUAGCUGGCAUAAGAUGCCCUGCUGCUGGUGUGCAGGAGGAGGUUUCAUGGCAUUCCCAGUCUGGUGCUUGCCAGUGCAGGAGCAAACGAGGGUAAUAAACUGAGAAGAACGGCAGCUUACUAACGAGGCCAGAGGGAAAUGUUUCCGUGUGUCCUUGUGUAACUUUUUACAGCGCCACUAAGUUAAUAGCCCUGUACCUGGGUGUUUGCACUAUGUAAUGCUUCUAAUGCCUUUUUAUUGUGUUUUUGUGUGAUUAAACAAUUUUCAUUUCA